GAGGGGGGGGAAGGGUUGGGAAGCGUUUGGGCAUUUUUCGUGUAAGCGGAAGGAGACGGACGGACUGUAAAAUGUCGCGGUCACAUUAAACCACCGAAAGCAUCAAAUCGAUGAAAAACUGCAGCGAAGAAUCCGAAUCACAGACACGCGCAGCCGGAGCGAUGCGAGCGAAGCGGCGCGGCUGAGCGUUGAAGAUGGGUGCCGUAGUACUACAGAGCCUUUUAAUGUGUACUUUGUGUCUGCAGAUACGAGGCCUGCCUCUGCUCCUGUACGCAAACCGGCGAGAUCUGCGACUGGUGGACGCGGCUCACGGUCGGGCGAACGCCACUGUGGUGAUCGGCGGAUUGGAGGACGCGGCGGCGGUGGAUUAUGUUUAUGGACUGGGACUGGUAUACUGGAGCGACGUGAGCGAAGAGGCCAUUAAACGGACCGUGUUUAACACGUCUGUGCCCAUCGGGGUGCAGACAACAGUCGUGUCCAGUCUGCCCUCUCCGGACGGCUUGUCGUGUGACUGGCUUGGGAAUAAGCUUUACUGGACCGACUCGGAGACCAAUCGCAUAGAGUUGGCGGAGCUGGAUGGAGCCUUCCGAAAAGUUUUAUUCUGGCAAGAUCUGGACCAGCCCAGAGCCAUCGCCUUGGAUCCCGGCCGAGGCUACAUGUAUUGGACAGACUGGGGUGAAAUUCCAAAGAUCGAGCGUGCUGGGAUGGACGGGACCCAUCGCUCUGUUAUCAUUGACACUGAUAUUCACUGGCCCAACGGACUCACCCUCGACUACGACCUUAAGAAGCUCUACUGGGCCGAUGCCAAGUUUAACUUCAUCCACCGCUCAAAUCUGGAUGGUUCUGGAAGGGAGAUUGUGGUGAAAGGGUCUUUACCUCAUCCGUUUGCUCUGACACUGUACGAGGACACGCUCUUCUGGACAGACUGGAACACACACUCCAUACACUCCUGUAACAAACACACGGGAGAAAACAGCCGAGAAAUCCACUCCAACAUCUUCUCACCCAUGGACAUCCACGUCUUCAGCCAGAAGAGACAGCCAAUGGAUGUGCCGAGUCCGUGCUCUCUGAAGAACGGUGGAUGUUCUCAUCUGUGUCUGCUGUCACCGGUUAAACCGUAUUACCAGUGCGCCUGUCCAACUGGAGUCCAACUGCUGGACGACAACAAGACCUGCAGAGAUGGUGCCACACAGCUUCUCCUGCUGGCCCGACGCACAGACCUGCGCAGAAUCUCUCUCGACACCCCUGACUUCACAGACAUCGUGCUUCAGACCGAUGACAUCCGCCAUGCCAUCGCUAUCGACUACGACCCCGUGGAGGGUUACGUCUACUGGACGGACGAUGACGUCCGAGCCAUUCGCAGGUCGUACCUGGACGGGAGCGACACUCAGUUUGUGGUGACGUCGCAGGUGGAUCACCCGGAUGGGAUCGCGGUCGACUGGAUUGCACGCAAUCUUUACUGGACCGACACCGGCACAGACCGGAUCGAGGUGACCCGGCUGAAUGGAACCAUGAGAAAGAUCCUGAUAUCAGAAGAUCUAGACGAGCCCAGAGCCAUCGUGCUGGACCCCGUCGCAGGGUACAUGUACUGGACAGACUGGGGUGAAGAGCCAAAGAUCGAGAGAGCCGCUCUGGACGGCACAGACCGACUGGUGCUGGUCAACACGUCACUAGGGUGGCCAAAUGGACUCGCCCUCGAUUACGCUGAGAGAAAGAUCUACUGGGGAGACGCCAAGAUGGACGUGAUCGAGGUGAUGGAGAUGGAUGGCUCGGGCAGACGGGUGUUAGUUCAGGAGAAUCUGCCUCACAUCUUCGGCUUCAGUCUGCUGGGCGACUACAUCUACUGGACGGACUGGCAGCGUCGCAGCAUUGAGCGUGUGCACAAACGCAGCGCUGAGCGAGAGGUCAUCAUAGACCAGCUGCCCGACCUCAUGGGUAUCAAAGCCACAUACGUUCAAAAGACCUUCGGUGUGAACCCGUGUGCGGUGGCUAACGGCGGCUGCAGUCAUCUGUGUCUCUAUAAACCUCAGGGUGUGACGUGUGCGUGUCCCAUCGGUCUGGAGCUCAUGGCGGAUUUGACCACCUGUAUCGUUCCUGAGGCCUUCCUGCUGUUCUCACGACACACUGACAUCAGGCGCAUCUCUCUGGAAACCUACACCAACAACGUGGCCAUCCCGCUCACGGGAGUGAAGGAAGCCUCUGCGCUCGACUUCGACAUCACCGACAACCGGAUCUACUGGACGGACAUAACGCUGAAGACGAUCAGUCGAGCGUUUAUGAAUGGCAGCGCUCUAGAGCACGUGGUGGAGUUCGGCCUGGAUUAUCCUGAGGGAAUGGCUGUGGACUGGCUGGGAAAGAACCUGUACUGGGCCGAUACCGGAACCAACCGCAUCGAGGUGGCCAAACUGGACGGUCAGCACAGACAGGUCCUGGUGUGGAAGGAUCUGGACAGUCCACGAGCUCUGGCGCUGGACCCUGUCGAGGGCUUCAUGUACUGGACAGAAUGGGGCGGCCGGCCCAAGAUCGACCGCGCUGCCAUGGACGGGUCUGGUCGUAUCACUCUGGUGCCGAACGUGGGUCGUGCGAACGGACUCACCAUCGACUAUGCAGAGCGCCGUCUCUACUGGACAGAUCUCGACACGACGCUCAUCGAAUCUUCCAACAUGCUGGGUCUGGAGCGAGAGGUGAUCGCAGAUGAUCUGCCGCAUCCCUUUGGACUCACGCAGUAUCAGGACUACAUCUACUGGACCGACUGGAGCCAGCGCAGCAUUGAACGGGCCAACAAAACCAGCGGGCAGAACCGCACCAUCAUACAGGGUCACCUGGAUUACGUCAUGGACAUCCUGGUGUUUCAUUCAUCCCGGCAGGGCGGCUGGAACGCGUGCGCGUCUACUAACGGUCACUGUUCUCAUCUGUGUCUCGCUGUCCCUGUCAGCAGCUUUGUGUGCGGCUGCCCGGCUCAUUACUCGCUCAACUCAGACAACAAGACAUGCAGCGCACCCUCGUCCUUUCUGCUCUUCAGUCAGAAGUCGGCCAUUAAUCGUAUGGUCAUUGAUGAGCAGCAGAGUCCUGACAUCAUGCUGCCCAUCCACAGUCUCAGAAACGUGCGUGCCAUCGACUACGACCCGCUGGACAGACACCUCUACUGGAUCGACUCCAAACAGAAUGUGAUCCGCCGGGUGCAGGAGGACGGUAACCAGAGCGUGGUGGUGGUGCCCAGCAUGGUGGGCGGGGCUAACCUCGGCCUGCAGCCCUAUGACCUCAGCAUUGACAUCUACAGUCGCUUCAUCUACUGGACGAGUGAAGUCACCAACGUCAUUAAUGUCACGCGCACGGACGGUUCUCGAGUCGGUGUGGUUCUCCGUGGAGAACACGACAAACCCCGAGCCAUCGUGGUGAACCCUGAGAAAGGGUACAUGUACUUCACUAACCUGCAGGAGCGCUCACCUAAGAUUGAGCGAGCCGCUCUGGACGGAACCGAGCGGGAGGUUUUGUUCUUCAGCGGUCUGGGGAAGCCAGUGGCUCUUGCCAUCGAUAAUGAGCUGAACAAACUCUUCUGGGUGGACAUGGACCUGAGACGCAUCGAGAGCAGCGAUCUGUCCGGAGCCAAUCGGGUCGUCAUUGAGGACGCCAACAUUCUGCAGCCCGUCGGUCUGACGGUGUUCGGGAAUCACUUGUACUGGAUCGACCGUCAACAGCAGAUGAUCGAACGGAUCGACAAGGUCACUCGCGAGGGCCGGACAAAGAUUCAGGCACGAAUCGCAUCUCUGAGCGACAUCCACGCUGUCCACGAGCUCGACAUGGAGGAGUACAACAGACACCCGUGUACGUCUGAUAACGGAGGCUGUUCACACAUCUGCAUUGUUAAGGGUGACGGAACGACUCGCUGCUCUUGUCCCGUUCACUUGGUGCUGCUGCAGGAUGAGCUCUCCUGUGGAGAGCCACCCACUUGCUCUCCGGAGCAGUUCUCGUGCGCGUCGGGUGAGGUGGACUGCAUCCCGCAGGCGUGGCGCUGUGACGGUUUCGCCGAGUGUGAUGACAGCAGCGAUGAGCGUGACUGUCCCGUCUGCUCGGAUGAGGAGUUUCAGUGUGACAGCAAACAGUGUGUGGAUCUAACCCUGCGAUGCAACGGAGAAAUCAACUGCCAGGACCGAUCGGACGAGAACAAAUGUGAAGUUCUGUGUCCUUUAGAUCAGUUCACCUGUGCCAACGGUCAGUGCAUCGGACGCCAUAAGAAGUGUGACCACAACAUGGACUGCACCGAUAACUCUGAUGAGAUCGGAUGCUAUGCUACAGAAGAACCGUCCUUUCCUCCCACCAACACCAUCGGCUCAAUCGUGGGUGUUGUCAUGGUGUUGUUCGUGGUGGGCGCCGUCUACUUCGUGUGUCAGCGUGUUCUGUGUCCUCAGAUGAAGGAUGACGGUGAGACCAUGACCAAUGACUUUGUGGUCCACGGCCCCUCGUCUGUGCCGCUGGGUUACGUCCCCCACCCCAACUCUCUGACGGGAUCUCUGCCAGGAAUGUCUCGAGGUAAAUCUGUCAUCGGCUCUCUGAGCAUCAUGGGAGGCAGCAGCGGACCCCCGUAUGACCGCGCUCACGUGACGGGUGCUUCCUCUAGCAGUUCCUCCAGCACCAAGGGCCCUUACUUCCCUCCUAUUCUCAAUCCUCCUCCGUCACCCGCCACUGUGAGGUCACAGUACACUAUGGAGUUAGGGUACUCGUCUAACAGCCCGUCGACACACCGCUCGUACAGCUACAGACCCUACAGUUACAGACACUUUGCCCCUCCAACGACGCCCUGCAGCACAGACGUGUGUGACAGCGACUACACGCCGGGCCGUCGGCCACCGCACGUGUCCAGCGCCACAGCUAAGGGCUACACCAGCGACCUCAACUAUGACUCGGAGCCCCUCCCACCUCCGCCCACCCCGCGCAGCCAGUACCUCUCAGCGGAGGAGAACUGCGAGAGCUGCCCGCCGUCACCGUACACGGAGCGCAGCUACUCGCAUCAUCUGUACCCCCCGCCCCCGUCGCCCUGCACGGACUCGUCCUGAGCCACGCCCAUCCUGCGCUAGGCCCCGCCCAUCACCUCUGUGUAAAUAGCUGUCGAUGACGGGAGGGGUGCGGGGAGAAUUCAAUUCCUGUCCGGAUUCCUGGCGGUCCUGUACAUUAACAGAAAAGAAACAUAUUUAUAUAUUUUCUAUACAGUGUUUAUUGGUUAUGCCAUAGAGCUUUGUUUUAAAAGAAAUUUGUACAUUUUUUAAGAGAAAUUUUUAUGAAAUCAACACAAAUGUAAUACGUUGCCUUAAUCUAGGAGUUUAGAAUCAAACUACCUUCUACCACGCUGAAGGAAUUCUAAAACACUUUCCAAUGCCAAAUAAUUCACAUGAAACCCCUCAGAGAGGUGAGACGCCCACCACCCCACCCCACCCACAGGCUCUGAGCAGAACCUCACUGUGAUCCCGGGCGACCGUUUUAUCUGAGAAUUUCACAAUCAACUGCUGGCUGGGUGCCCGAGCCCUCAAAGAAGAUGGUACUCAUAUUAUUUUUCUACUAAUUUUGUAUUGAAGGCAUCAUUGACCUUCAACUGGAAUGAGUUACAGAACUGCAGCGAGGUCAGUUUCACAUCUGAUGGUUCAGAGCUGCAGUGCGAAUUGAGAUGCACGCUGUCCAUCAUGGGAAGUGGAAUCAAUGGCAACAGUGUGAGCUCCAUAAUCGCAACCAAAAAUCAUCUGCGGCGUCUCUGGAUGUUUGUGUUUACUCCAGUCCGCAGCUGAAUGAAAACACGGCUUACAAUCACGGACGACUUCUCGUGCCUGACCAUUUUUAGACUCUGAUUUAUUUUUCACCUUUUUUUAAAUAUCAGUGCCCGCAAAAGGUCAAAUAUUUUUGUACUACAUACUGUGUAGAUACUGUAUUUAUAAGCUAUAAAAAGAAAAUUCACAUUCAUUGUCUAUGAUCAUAUCCUUGCCAUACAUCUGUUUAUAUCCCACCAGUAAAUACAGACGUGUGUGUGUGUGUGUACAAAGAUGAUCUUCGUGUUGUGUGUGUCUGCAUGUUUAACCAUCAUGUGUCUCUGUGUUUGUUUGUUUGUUUGUGUGUGUGAGUGUGUGUGUCUGCAUGUUUAACCAUCAUGUGUCUCUGUGUGUGCGUGUCUGCAUGUUUAACCAUCAUGUGUGUGUGUGUGAGUGUGUGUGUCUGCAUGUUUAACCAUCAUGUGUCUCUGUGUGUGUGUGUCUGCAUGUUUAACCAUCAUGUGUGUGUGUGUGAGUGUGUGUGUCUGCAUGUUUAACCAUCAUGUGUCUCUGUGUGUGUGUGUGUGUGUGUGUCUGCAUGUUUAACCAUCCUGCGUGUGUGUCUGCAUGUUUAACCAUCGUGCGUGCGUGCGUGUUUAACCAUCAUGUGUGUGUGUGUUUAGACACUGAAACUAACAGAACGUUGAUCACACAAGCACAGAUGGCGUGUUUAGACCUCAGGCGUGUGUGAUGUUACAGAUGUGUGUAGUUUGGAUUGUUCAUUUUUAAACAGUGCUUCAUUUAGUGCAUCACGUCGCUGGCACUUCUACAUGAAUCUGAAAUCUUUGCUAAAGGGAAUCUCACCAGCAGAAUGAGUCGCUAUUAUUGGAUUCCAUCAGUUUUCCAGCUUAAUCCCUUUUAAAAUUCUGCAUCGUUUGGUUUGAAUGUUUGUUUGUUGAUCAUGGCACAUGUGGAAAUGAUGAUAAUAGUUUAUAAUGUUCUCUUGUUAAACUUCAGACAUCUUUAAUCAGCAUCUCAUGUGUUUGAGUUCAUACGUGAUUCAUGUUUACUGUGUGUAACAGCAGCUUGUGGUACAAUCGUACAAGUGUGUUAAAGAAGCAGCUAUUCCAAAUCUGUCAGUACCCCAAACCUCCCUUUAAAUGGUCUGUGCUGCAAGGGCUUCUGGGUAACUCAGACCAGCAUUUACAUUUUCUUAACUGCACUUUACAGGACCUGUUUAGUUGUGUGUGUGUGUGUGUGUGUGUGUGUGUGUGUGUGUGUGCGCGCGUGCGUUUUCUCAUGGGAACUGUUAAAGUCAUUAGCAGUUGUUGGGUUGUGAGUCGGGUCACAUCGCCCAUCAGAAGCGCUGCUGUAGGGUCAAGCUUCUCUUCAUGAGUGUCUGUCAACCUGUUGCUGGAAUUUGGGGGGGAAAUGUUACAAGCACUUUGAAGGAGUGAACAGGAUUCAUUCAUUACACAAUCCGGUUUAAACUUCAUUUUCAGCAUAAGAUUGUUUUUGGUCUUUGGUUCAUUGUUUAUUUGAAUACCCACGAUGCUUUGCAAUGAUGAGGUUAAGAGGUGACCAACAUUUGGUUUCUCAUCAGUCAUGAAUUUCCCCACUCACUCUACCUUUUGUACAUUGAUACAUUACAUGCAAAACAUUGUGUAAAGAUGAAUGUGUACAGCUCAUUCAGUCACAUCUUCAAGCUGUUGUAAUAAAUGAAAUGAUUGUUUUUUAAUAAAAAUGAGUUGAACAUUAAA